CACAAGUACGGCCCUGACCAAUCCUAGCGUGCCGUGUGACUGUUCUCAAAUAGACACACUGUAUUUAUUUAUUCUACAGUCAGAGGGAAGGGGAAAGGUAAGGGGUGUGUGCAUUGUUUGUCAUGAGAAGGGGGAGUGUCUGUGAUAGAUCAUGGAUGUAUACUGCGCUCUGAGCCUCUGACAGCCACAAACCUCAAAAGACCUCUCUUGUCAAGUUGCGCAACCUUAUCGGACGACGAUGGCGAGCAAGAGGAGGGGUAUCUUGGAGCGUCUAAAUGCUGGGGAGGUGGUUGUAGGAGAUGGAGGUUAUGUCAUGCAGCUUGAGCGACGUGGUUAUGUGAAGGCUGGACACUGGACACCUGAAGCAGCUGUUGAACAUCCUGAAGCAGUGCGACAGCUGCACAGGGAGUUCCUGAGAGCAGGAGCCAAUGUGAUUCAGACAUUCACCUUCUACUGCAGUGAGGAUAAACUGGAGAUCAGCGGCAAUGUCAAAAACAUUACAGGGGCCCAGAUCAAUGAUGCAGCGUGUGACCUGGCCAGGGAGGUAGCCAAUGAGGGUGAUGCGUUGGUCGCUGGGUGUGUGUCCAUGACUCCCUGUUAUGUGGAGAGCCACAGUGAGACUGAGGUCAAGGCCAUCUUUAAGAAGCAGAUGGAUGACUUCCUCAAGAAAGACAUUGAUUUCUUUAUGGCAGAGUUCUUUGAUCAUGUGGAAGAGGCAGUGUGGGCAGUGGAGGUGCUGAAGACCAGCGGAAAACCAGUGGGUGCCACAAUGUGCAUCUCCCCUCAGGGAGACAUGCAGGGAGUCCCACCUGGAGAGUGUGCAGUCAGGCUGGUCAAAGCUGGAGCUGACAUUGUUGGAAUAAACUGCCACUUGGACCCUCUGACGGGCGUUCGUACAGUGAAGUUGAUGAAAGCGGGAUUAGAGAAAGCUGGUCUCAAAGCUCAUCUUAUGGUCCAGCCGCUGGGCUUUCACACACCUGAAUGCAACCACACUGGAUACUUAGCGUUACCGGAGUUCCCCUUUGCACUGGAGACCAGAGCAAUGACUCGCUGGGACAUCCAUAAAUACGCCAGAGAGGCUUAUAAUGCCGGAAUUCGCUACAUUGGUGGCUGCUGUGGAUUUGAGCCUUACCAUAUCAGAGCCAUAGCAGAGGAGGUGUCUGCAGAGAGAGGAUUCCUCCCACCAGCUUCAGAGAAGCACGGACUCUGGGGAGCUGCUCUGGAGAUGCACACUAAACCCUGGGUCAGAGCCAGGGCCCAUCGAGAGUACUGGGAAAACCUUAUGCCUGCUUCUGGACGUCCCAAAUGUCCUUCAAUGGCCACACCAGCUGAUGAAUAAAGAUGAAGGAUCAUGAAUAGCUGACUCAAAUAUGCCAACACAAUCCCCUGUCUUUAUUGUACAAUGUAUUCUUUAUAUGUAAAAUAAGAUUACAUGUAUUUUACCUAAACUGUGUACUGCCAUUGAAAUGCACAACACAUUUUACAUAAAUGUAUUUUCUCCAGUUGUUCUAACACUGUUGAUUUUGUACAAAGUAAUGCUAUACUUUUGUUAUUCAGAUAUAUGCUUAAAGUGGAGAAGGUAUAGUAAGUGAACUGGCCCAACCU